AGGUGUUUUGUCAGUUGGAUCUGUACUCUAUCAAACAUCGUUGACUACUUUUUUGCAAAAAAAAAAAUACAAAUCAACUUAAAUCCUGUAUUUAAAUUUGUUCUUAUUUUUUUUUCUAUUAAUUUGGAUAUUUUGUUAAAUAAAAAAAAUUGUAUCUGUGUGCAACAGUUGAAAAUAUCGAAAAAUUAAUUUUUACUAUCUUCUAAAAAAAUAAACUGUUUAAAUUGAUAAAAAAAAUAAAAUAAAAAAGAAAAUGACUUGAUUGAUUUAACUAGCAGCUCAAUUGAGCAUUGUAUAAAUCUAAUAUAAAAUAAAUAAAAUCAAUAAGACAAAUAAAUAAAAUAUUACCAAAAUCAUGCCAUCAUCAACAUCAACAUCCAGAUGUGUUCAAUUGGACAAAUCAAAAACUCCAAAAUUACAAGAUCCAGUGCAAGAAUUAAAAACAUUAUUUUGUGAAUCAAAUAAAAAAUUAUCAAAUAAUGAUUAUCACUGUGAAGCAGCAUUAUGUUUACAAACUGAUACUAUGAAAAAUAAUAUUGAUGAUGAUUAUAAUGAUGACGAUGAUGAUGACAAUGAAAGUAUACCAGAACGUGGUACCUGGGGAAGUAAAAUUGAAUUUAUACUAUCUGUUGUUGGUCUUGCAAUUGGUCUUGGUAAUUUAUGGCGUUUUCCUUAUUUAUGUUAUAAAAAUGGUGGUGGUGCAUUUUUAGUACCAUAUUUCAUAGCACUUGGUCUUGCUGGUAUACCAAUGUUCCUCAUGGAAUUAUCACUUGGUCAAAUGAUGACUGUUGGUGGUCUUGGUGUAUUUCAAAUUGCUCCAAUUUUUAAAGGUAUUGGAUAUGCAAGUUGUGUUCUAUCAUGUUGGACAAAUAUUUAUUAUAUUAUUAUUUUGGCAUGGGCACUAUUUUACUUCUUGGUUUCACUACAAUCUGAUGUACCAUGGAGAACAUGUGACAACAGUUGGAAUACACGUUAUUGCAUAUCACCAAUUGAUAGACUCAGUAUGACAUGUUGGACAAGAGACAAUGUCACCAUGUGCCAAACUUCAAUGGGUGAUUUAAGUGCAGCUAUUCUAAAAGAUCCAGUCAAAGAAUUUUGGGAACGAAGAACACUUCAAAUAUCUGGUGGAAUUGAAGAAGUUGGAGGAAUAAGAUGGGAACUUGCUGGUACACUUGCAAUCGUUUGGAUAAUGUGUUAUUUUUGUAUUUGGAAAGGUGUUAAAUGGACUGGAAAGGUUGUUUAUUUUACAGCUUUAUUUCCAUAUGUUUUAUUAAUUUGUUUAUUAGUCAGAGGUUUAACACUGCCUGGUGCAAUGGAUGGUUUAAAAUAUUUAUAUACACCAAAUUUAUCAAAACUAGGUGAACCAGAAGUUUGGAUUGAUGCUGUAACACAAAUAUUUUUUUCAUAUGCACUUGGUCUUGGUGCACUUGUUGCACUUGGUAGUUAUAAUAAAUUUAAAAAUAAUGUUUACAAAGAUGCAUUGUGUGUUUGUGUUGUUAAUUCUGGUACAAGUAUGCUAAGUGGUGUUGUUAUAUUUUCGGUUGUUGGAUUUAUGGCACAUGAACAACAAAAACCAGUUGCUGAAGUUGCUGCAUCUGGUCCAGGUCUUGCAUUUUUGGUUUAUCCAUCAGCUGUACUUCAACUUCCUGGUGCACCAAUUUGGAGUUGUCUAUUUUUUUUUAUGCUAAUACUCAUUGGUCUUGAUAGUCAAUUUUGUACAGUUGAAGGAUUCAUCACUGCAGCUGUUGAUGAAUGGCCUCGUUUACUUCGUAAAAGAAAAGAAAUAUUUAUUGCCAUUGUUUGCUUUUUGUCAUAUAUCAUUGGUUUAUCAUGUGUAACUGAAGGUGGAAUGUUUGUAUUUCAAUUAUUGGAUGCCUAUGCAGUCAGUGGUUUUUGUUUAUUAUUUUUAAUGUUUUUUGAAUGCAUUGCUGUAUCAUGGGCGUUUGGAGUUAAUCGUUUCUAUGACGGUAUUGCUGAUAUGAUUGGAUAUUAUCCUUGUUUUUGGUGGAAAAUAUGUUGGACAGUAACAACACCAGCAAUUUGUAUUGGUGUUUUUGUAUUCAACAUUGUUAAAUUUUCACCAGUUAAAUAUUUGAGUUAUGAGUAUCCAUGGUGGAGUCAUAUGCUUGGCUGGAUGGCUGGUAUUUCUUCAAUGAUGUGCAUUCCAAUUUAUGGAAUUUACAUUUGGACAGUUACACCAGGAACAACCUCAGAGAAAUGGAGAAAGCUAGUUAGAAUUGACGAUGAUAUUUCAACUUUAAGACAAAAAUUAAAUCCUACAAAAGCUGCUAUUAUUAAAGAAGAAUAUAAUUUAUAACAUUAAACCAAAUAUAAAAAAUAAGCAAUAAAUUAUUUUUAAUUAAAUAUAAAUUUAUAAACAAAAAAUAAAAUGUAAUAUUCAUCAAGUAUUAUUUUAUUAUUUCAUAACAUUUGAUAGAAUAGAUAAUAAUAAUAAUAAUAAUGAAAAUAUAUCUUUGAAUGAAAAAAUAUUAAGAAAAAAAAUAACAAAUAAAUUAUUAAAUAAAUCAUUGUUCUUGUA